AUGGACUCUGUCCGGCCUCCGAACUCUGCCGCGUGUCGCCUUCGGGCCGCCAGGCUCCGCGCGACGUUCCUCGCCUGGUGCGUGCACUGUGUCCUGUUUUACCAGUCUUCUCUCUCCUCCUGUGUCUCCGUCCACCGUGCGUCUUCUCGCUCUCCAGUUCCCCCGUCCCCUCUCGGUCACUCUUGGUUCACUUUUGCUUCUGUCAAGAACCCGCUUUUCGAACGCUCCUGGCGACCGGUUCCGCGAGCGGCCGCCAUCCACUCGUCACUGGGCUUCGUCUCCCUUCCCUCUCUCGCCCCUCCUCGCUUCUGUUUUCAUGCGCGGCCUUCUUCCCGACUCCGCUCUCGGUCCACUCUCUGCGCGCAGACCGGGCGUGCCUGCAAACCGUCCGAGGCGGAGAUUUCUGCAGUUCGAGCGCGCCUGGCCGCGCAGCAGCCAAGGAAGGCCCCGCGACGGCGCAGCGAGGAGGAGGAACGCGAAGAGCGACGCGCGCAUGCAAACCGGGGAAAAACUCCCUGGGGCCGUUCACGCUUUCUCCAGGCUCGCCGCCCUGGCGUCUCCCUUCGCAUGCAAAGAGGACACUCCGGCGAAGAAGACCGAGGAGACAGAGUCGAGCGAAGAGUUGGAAUCCAGAGAGUUGGAGUCGAUGGAGGAGCGAAAAGAGAGAGAAGCCAGGGGCCCGUGUGGGGGGUGAGAGACCUGCGCAGAGACAAAGCCGAGAGGGAGAAGUGGCGGAAAGUAAGAGCAGACGAGGAGGAAGAGUUGAUCCGCAUGUGCCAAGAAAAUAGGAACGCGUUAGAGCAAAACGACGGGGCGAACGCAGAUGAGGAGGCGAGUCGCCAGGUCGUCCGCGAGAAGCUGGCGCGGCACGUGGCUCUCAUGGAGAAACAGUUGAUCACGUGGAAAAAAGAAGAGCUGCGCGGUCAAGAGGAGUCCUUUCAGGAGUACUUGUCGACUCUCGAGCAGAUGAAACACCAAGAAGAAGAGUGUGUUCGCCGAUUUUUCGAGGAGACGCGCGUCAACCGCGAGGAAGAAGACUCCCCGCCACGUUCCGCAUCCCCAGGCACGUCUCCUCCCCUACCCACUCUUCCAUCCUCGUCUUCCUCUUCUUCUCCCUCUUCUUCUUCUCCCCCUUCUUCUUCUUCCUCUUCUUCUCCCCCUUCUUAUUCUUCCUCUUCUUUUUCUUCUUCUCCUUCUUCUCCUUCUUCUUCUCCUUCUUCCUCUUCUCCCCCUUCUUCUUCUUCUCCCUCUUCUUCUUCUCCUCCUUCUUCUUCUCCCCCUUCUUCUUCUUCUCCCUCUUCUUCUUCUCCUCGUUCUUCUCCUCCUUCUUCCUCUUCUCCCCCUUCUUCUUCCUCUUCUUCUCUGUUAUCUCACUUGGUGUCUCCAGAUGCUGGCGUCGCUGGGGACACAGCGGCCUCGGGCGACACCGAGGCGGGACGCCCUCUGGGCCCGCUCGUUCCUGUAAAGGGGAUCGGAGCGGUCGCCGUGUUUCCCUUGCCAGAGGAGACGCGCGAUGUGGCCGGCGCAGGCGAGGCAGGGGAGCGGCGGCCGUCGCUCCCGCCCUGGCGCCUUCGCAUCCGCGCCGAGAGGAUGAAGCGAACGCCGCCGACGCUUCGCCCGCCAUCCUAUGCGGCGGUCGCCGAGCAGAAGGAAGAAGAGAAGCGCGUCCUGCGCGAGAAGAAGCUCUGGAAAAAACUGCGGAGAGAAACGGCGCGGGACGCGGCAACGCGAGGCGGAGAGCCAGGCUCGGCGACCUCAGACUCGCGCGAGGAAGGGGCUCUCGCGCACAGUCCAAAAGGAGCGACGGUGGAGAUCGGGGCAGCGUGGAUGCACGAAAAAGAGCGAGAAAGACCAGGCGGAGGAGCGGGAACCGACGAGGAAGCACGACGAUCUCUGCCGGCGGCCUCUCCCACGGCGAGUCUCCCCUCGGGAGAGUUCAAGCCGAAGCAGUCUCUCGGCCAGAACUUCCUGGCUGACCCGAAUAUAAGCCGACUGAUUGCGGCGACCCUCGAGGACGCGUCGCCUCAAGGCGUGGGCGUCGUCGAAGUCGGCCCGGGGACAGGCGCGAUCACCAGAUUCCUUCUGCCAAAGUUUCCCCGGAUGGCAGGUGAGUCACGGCCGCAGCUGCGGAUCACGAGACACGCAUGUGCAUGCAAAGAUGUUUGCGUUCCCUUCUAG